AUGGCGUCUGUCCCAAGAAAGCUCUGGGAGCACCCCAAUCCCGAAAAGACACAGAUGCACGAGUUGAUGCAGCGGCUGAAUAAGAAGCAUGCCAUUGGCCUUAAAACAUUCCAAGAUUUAUACCGGUAUUCCGUUACUAAGCGCUCCGACUUCUACACCGAAGUCUUCGAGUAUACUAAUUUAAUCUACACGGGUUCCUACAUAAGAGCAGUGGAUGAGAGCAAGCCAAUCGACGCCAUCCCGCGCUGGUUCGAGGGGGUUCACGUCAAUUGGGCCGAAAAUCUCCUGUGGUCUCGCGGACCUCGGGAUCCUACCGAUUACCAUGGUAAAGUAGGAAAGGAAGAUACCAAGAUCGCCUUAACCGAAGUUCGAGAGGGCGUGAGCGAGAUCAGACAUGUCACGUGGGUAACGCUCCGGAAACUCGUAGCUCUUUAUGCCUCCGCCUUACACGCCGGUGGGGUUGGACGAGGGGAUCGAAUUGUUGUCGUUGGGUCUAAUAGCGUCGAGACUCUGGUGCUAUUUGCUGCUACAUCAUGGUUAGGUGCUAUAUUUAGCAGUAGCUCAACUGAUAUGGGCGUUCAGGGCAUCUUGCAGAGAACGGUUCAAGUCAACCCUAAGUAUAUCUUCAUGGACGAUGCAGCUCUUUACAACGGGAAGCGAGUAGAUUUACGGCAGAAGAUGACCGAAGUUGUUGCGGGGAUGAAAGGCUGUGAUCAAUUUUUAGGCUUGGUCUCAAUUCGUCGUUUCUACGACGCCUUAGAUAUAAGCAAUAUCCCCGGGGUGCAAACGCUACAUUCGUUCCUUGCAAAGGGCGACUCAUAUUCUCCUCCGCCGAUUGUUCGGAUUGCUUUCCACGAACCUUUCCUCAUCUGCUACUCCUCGGGCACCACAGGCAUACCAAAAGCUAUUGUCCACUCCGUUGGGGGUGCUCUCCUGAACUAUGUCAAAGAAACUCGCCUUCACGAGGAUACCAACUCGAACACCGUCACCCUGCAAUACACGACUACAGGCUGGAUUAUGUACCUCGUGUGCGUUGGCCAGCUUUUGGUCGGCGCACGCGUCGUCUUGUACGAUGGAUCCCCUUUCCAGCCCGAUCUCCAAACUUUUAUCAAGUUGAUUGGUGACCAGAAAGUAACAAAGUUGGGCACCAGCCCACGGUGGUUCUAUGAAGUUGCUAGGGCGGGAAUCUCACCCAGGCAAAUUACCGACUUGUCAAAUCUCCAAAUAGUAACAAGUACUGGUAUGGUACUCCCAGACCAAUUGUUCGAGUGGUUCUACGACAAAGGUUUUCCAAGUCAUGUCCACUUAAACAAUAUAUCUGGCGGAACUGAUAUUGCUGGCUGUUUUGGAACUGGAAAUCCACUUACUCCUGUCUACGUAGGUGGGACGCAAGGUGUUUCUCUCGGGAUCAAAGUAGUUUUAUACGAUUCGUUACUUCCUCCUGGACCCGGAAAAGAAGUACCAGACGGGACACCUGGCGAGCUUGUGGCCACCGCCUCGUUCCCGAACGUGCCAAUAUAUCUAUGGGGUGACAAGACGCCGACUGGUGUGCCUGGCCCGAAGUUCCACUCGGCCUAUUUUGCAAGAUUUGAGCACGUGUGGGCACACGGUGAUUUUUGUGUUUUUCAUCCUAUUACCAAGAACCUCACAUUUCUCGGAAGAGCCGACGGUGUUUUGAACCCUAGCGGAGUGCGGUUUGGUUCUGCAGAAGUCUACUCAGUCCUCGAGAGGAAUUUCGCGGAUAAGGUGACUGACUCGAUAUGCGUCGGGCAGAGGCGGCCUCAGGACAACGACGAGAGUGUAAUGCUAUUCUUGCUGAUGCGGCCAGGCUAUAAAUUCGACAGGAAGCUCGUAAACGAAGUUAAAGAGGCCAUAAAAAGGGAAUUGACUAAGAGGCAUGUACCUAAAUACGUGUUCGAGACCCCUGAAAUACCUACGACGGUUAAUCUGAAGAAAGUCGAGUUGCCGGUGAAACAAAUUGUCUCGGGUCAAACCAUCAAACCAAGCGGCACGCUGCUCAACCCGAAGAGCUUGGAUUAUUAUUACCAAUUUGCUAAGGUUGAAGACCUUGUUGCACCUAAGGAGAAGCUUUAA